UCAAAAUCGCUAAUAUUUCAGUAUUCAAAAUAUAAACGAAAUUUACGAACUAAUUUUAGUGCGUUUUAUAAUGCGCUCGCGAAAUUUCGAUCUGUGGAACUAUUUAAAAAAUGAAUGUUCUUAAAAACAAACAGUAUUAAUGUGGAUAGUUAAAUAUCAUUACCGGUUAUAAGUUUACGUGAGACGCGAGGGUGAUGCAUCGCCUGUGAUGUCUCUAAUAUGCAGUGGGACGGACUCUACUUCGUGAUUCUAGCAUUAUGUUGUCUGCACACUGCAUCUGAGCCAUUGCGGUUCCCAGAAGACUACAGAACGAAUGGUGUCCGUAGACGUAGAAGCGAGGAAAAGGACAGCCUCGCACUUUCAAGAGAAAUAUUUAAAAACAUCACGAAACAGCUUCGGGAGAACAUCAAGCGAGAAGGGGCGACUGACAAGACCGAUCAUUUGUUACAGACUAAGGUAGAAGACACGAGAAAUUAUGCUCCAUAUCAAAGUUACCACGAUCAUCACCACGAACACCACUGGGGGCCAUAUUUCGAGGAGGAGAAGUACACUCAAGUCACGGCUCACGUGGGAGCUGAGGCGUUGUUAAAUUGCCGGGUUGUAAUGCUCAAAGAUAAAACAGUGAUGUGGCUGCGUAACACGACCGACUCUGCGCAACUACUUACCGUUGGUCCCGCUCCAUAUACGGGCGAUAGUCGGAUCGCAGUGAAAUUCCAAUAUCCAAACAAUUGGAGGCUUAGCAUGAAUCCUGUGAAAAGAUCUGACGCAGGGCACUAUAUGUGCCAAAUAUCCACUCAUCCUCCUAGAACCAUAUUUACGAACCUAACCGUAUUACCUCCAGUAAUAACAAUAAACGGAGACGAUUCGCACGAUAUGAAAGAUAGAUUUUACAAAGCGGGUAGUGCAAUAAAGCUAUCUUGUAUAUUAUCUGAAGAAUAUGCUUCUACACUAUCCACAAGCAAUCCGGUUACGACGCCAAUUCCCACAACAACAACUACUUUAAGAACAACAACAACAGAACUGACAACUAAAUCAAGUACUAUAUUUAAUAGAAUAGAUAUUAUGAUGAACAAAAGUUGGAGUGUCGAAACAUCUACAAUUACUUCGACGGUUAGUAUAGGUACAACGACCAGAAAACCAGAAACGACUACGAAAGAGUUGACAACAGUUGUUCCAACCACACCGCCUACGGUGAAUAAUGUGUACGGAAUUAUGUGGAGGAAACAGGGGAAGGACUUUUUCCAAAAUGUCACUUGGAGAAACUUAAGUGCCACAAUAAGUGUAACGUCGGCAUCACAAAAUGACAGUGGAACCUACACAUGCCUUCUACUCAAUCAUUCUCAAGUCACCAUUAACGUUCACGUAUUGAUUGGCGAGAACCAAGCUGCUGUACAUCAUGACACGUGGAACAAAGGAACUUUGUUUUGGCAUUCGCAAGAGUUUUACCUAUUUGUUCUAUCAAAUUUACUUGUGCUAUAUCUUUAA